UAAACAAAGAUAACCUAGAAAUUAUCUAACCAAAAAAUAAGUCAAGUUUUGUGAAUCAAGUUCUAUAAUGAUCAAUACGAGAUCAUUUUUUCCAGUUAUCAACCGCCUGAAUAGAAAUAUUCACACGUCAAACGUCCAGAAUGAAAUUCAGAAGCAGACUCGUUUAAGAGUUGUCGAUAACAGCGAAAUUGGGAAAAGAGCAAUGGCCGAGGGCAGACCACCUAAGUGCAUACACGUUUAUAACAAGACGGGUGUUGGUAGAUUGGGGGAUAAAGUGUUAGUAGCCAUCAAAGGCGAAAAGAAGAAGGGCGUCUUGGUUGGUUUAAAGCAAAAUCAAAAAACGAAAGUUCCGAAAUUUGAUAGUAACAACCUAGUUUUAAUUGACGAUGGUGGAACUCCUUUAGGAACAAGAAUUCACGUUCCAAUACCGACAGUGUUAAGAACAAUUUUAAAAGAAAAAACUUAUGCUAAGGGUACUGAUUAUACAAAAUUACUUGGAAUUGCUUCAAAAUUUGUGUGAUUAGAAAUUUAAUAUACGAGUAUUUUAUGUAGUAGUUUAAGCAUUUUUUAUUAGAAUUUACUAACGAAAUCUAUUCUAUAUGAAUUAAAAGUAGGGCUGUGGUAGUUUACUUUUGUCAGAUACUAAAGCGGAAUGUUUAAAAAAUUAAGGUGCUAAAGAGGUGAUAAAAAGAAAUUCAAAGACGAA